AUGACCACCGAGGGCGGGCAGCAGCCUCAGCAACAGCAGCAGCAGCAGCAGCAACAACAGCAGCAACGCCUGCCGCCCCCGCCGGCCCCUCUCCAGCGUCCUUGCAGCCCGGCCCCCGGUGCGCUCCAGUCAGUCUUGAUGAGCCAGCCACCUCCUUCCUCCUCCUCCGCCGCUGCUGCUGCCGCCCUGGAGACCACCUCUUCCUCCUCUUCCUCCGCGUCCUCCGCUUCUUCUUCAUCUUCCUCGUCCUCCAGCGCUUCCUCCGCAGCUUGCAAGAACGCUAGCGGCGGCGGAGGCAGCAGCGGGAGCGGAGGGGGAGGCGGAGGGGGAAGCGGAGGGGGCGGCGGGGGCAGUGGAAGCAAGAAGGCCAGCUCCGGACUGCGUCGCCCGGAGAAGCCCCCGUAUUCGUACAUCGCCCUCAUCGUCAUGGCUAUUCAAAGCUCACCCAGCAAGCGGCUCACACUCAGCGAGAUCUACCAGUUCCUGCAGGCUCGCUUCCCCUUCUUCCGCGGAGCCUACCAGGGCUGGAAGAAUUCUGUGCGCCACAACCUCUCGCUCAAUGAGUGCUUCAUCAAGCUCCCCAAGGGGCUGGGCCGCCCUGGAAAGGGCCACUAUUGGACCAUCGACCCAGCUAGCGAGUUCAUGUUCGAAGAGGGCUCAUUCCGCCGCCGGCCUCGGGGCUUCAGGCGGAAGUGCCAGGCGCUCAAGCCCAUGUACCACCGCAUGGUCAGCGGUCUGGGUUUCGGUGCCUCCCUCUUACCACAGGGCUUCGACUUCCAGGCUCCCCCCUCGGCGCCUCUCGGGUGCCACGGCCAAGGUGGUUACGGCGGCCUCGACAUGAUGCCGGGAGGCUACGAUUCCAGCGCCGGCGCCCCGGGACACUCCCACCCUCACCACCAUCACCACCACGUCCCCCAUAUGUCGCCCAACCCGGGCUCGACCUAUAUGGCCAGCUGCCCGGUCACCACAGGCGCUGGAAUUGGGGCGGCUGGAGGAGGAGGUGGAGGAGGAGGAGGAGGAGGAACGGGAGGGGGAGGAGGAGAGUACGGACCGGACAGCAGCAGCAGCCCGGUGCCCUCAUCACCGGCCAUGGCGAGUGCAAUAGAGUGCCACUCGCCCUACACUAGCCCCGCGGCUCACUGGAGCCCUCCCGGUUCCUCACCUUACCUCAAGCAGCCGCCUGCCCUCACGCCCACCAGCAACCCGGCAGCCCCUGCCGGACUCCACUCCAGCAUGUCCUCCUACUCCCUGGAGCAGAGCUACCUGCACCAAAACGCUCGCGAGGACCUCUCAGUGGGACUCCCUCGAUACCAGCAUCAUUCUACCCCAGUGUGUGACAGGAAAGAUUUCGUCCUCAAUUUCAACGGCAUUUCUUCUUUUCAUCCUUCGGCUAGUGGAUCAUAUUAUCACCACCAUCACCAUCAAAGUGUCUGUCAGGACAUUAAGCCCUGUGUCAUGUGA